AUGUCAUCGAACAGAACAACCCCACCCAACAUCGAGAUUCCCCGAAGCCCCCGACAGAUUCGCGAGAGCUCGAGAGAGUGCGGCCAAAAUGGCGAUGAGAUGCGCGCUGACCUCCCUCUCCGCGCGCCUCCAGUCCCCGGCGGUGGUCGCCAGCGGUACCCGGCGCCUUCUGAGUGAUGGGAAGGGGCGCGUGCUCAGCGAAGAGGAGCGCGCCAAGGAGAACGUCUACAUCCAGAAAAUGGAGAGGGAGAGGCAGGAAAAGCUCAAGAAGAAGCUGGAACAGGAGAAGGGUGAGGCCGAGAAGGCUAAGUCCGGCGCCGACGGCAAGAAGCCCGAGGGAACUAACUAGGAGCGAUCUUUGCCUGCCUGAGGAGACGCAUCCGGCGGACGUUCGUGUUUAGAUGUCCAGAGGUGGAAGAAUAAAUUCUGUGAAACAUUGAUGGCACUAGCUUUGCUUUGUUUUCGGUUUGCCGCGCUUGUUCAUCAGGAUAUUAUACAUGGACCAUAAACAUUUAUAACUGGGAACUUGUAUCGUUGCUGGACCA